ACAAUCGUAAAGCGUCAAGAAACAGCAGUUGCUGCGAUUGCUUUCUUUUCCGCUCUUUGAGCGUGGCUGGGAGAACCGCGAGAAGUCGAGCAUCUUUACCUAACGAAAGGGUUGCUAAAAGAGGACGAAAACAGAGCGGUUGCUCAGGACCUGAAACGGCUAUUAACUUGUUCCUUCGUCUAUUCUCGUUCACUAUUUCUGUUCCCGAAAAUCCUCUCCGGCCCCCAGCUGUGUUUGCGUAGACGGCGACCGUGCCAGCAAGCAACGGCUCCGCCAAGGUGUAUUUCCCUCUCUCUGUCCUAGGAAACGCCUUAUCCUCUUUUCUGACUGCUUUUCGUCCCCGAAAGACAAUCGCUGCUGGCCAAGCGUCGCCUGCGACACACGGCGACUGGGAUACUUGUUCAUCUGUCGUCAGCCCUGGUUCUGAACGCGUCGUCUGCUCUACAAGUUGGCGUUUGCCUUCCCCCCGUUUUCUCACCCGUUUCUCUCUCCCAGAAAACAAGAUGCCGCAGGACAUCCGGCCGGCGCCGAAUCGCAUGAACCUCGCGAUCAUGAAACAAAAACGCAAAGGGGCCCAACAAGGUUACCAGUUGCUGAAGAAGAAGAGUGACGCACUGACGGCAAGAUUUCGAGGCAUGCUCAAACAGAUCGUUCAGCUGAAGCAAGCCGUUGGAGCAGACAUGAACACCGCGGCCUUCUCGCUGGCGAAGGCCACAUGGGCCGCCGGAGACUUCAAGUCCCAGCUCCUCGAGCGGGUGCGACGCCCCGCGACUUUUCUGAACGUAGCCGCCGACAAUGUCGCGGGUGUCACUCUCCCCAUCUUUCACAUCUGCACCGAUCCCUCCGUCGACGUUCUGAAGAACGUCGGAGUCGCGGCAGGCGGUCAAGUCAUCAUGGCCGCUCGCGAGAUGUUCCUCAAGGUCUUCAGUGAGCUCGUGAAGCUGGCUUCUCUCCAGACGGCCUUCUUCACCUUGGAUGAAGAAAUCAAGAUGACAAAUCGGCGUGUCAACGCCCUGAGUAAUGUCGUUCUUCCCCGAAUCGACGGAGGCAUCAACUACAUCGUGAGAGAGCUGGACGAGAUGGAGCGCGAGGAAUUCUUCAGGUUGAAGAAGAUUCAAGAGAAGAAACGGAUGCGGAAGGAAGAAGAGGAUCGACUGCUUCACGAAAACGCUGCAGGAGCGGCGAACGGUCACGCGCCUCAGUCUCUUCUCAACGAUGACGACGAUGAUUUGCUUUUCUGAUUGCGUCAAAUACGAAGGUGGAAGAGGUUUCUCGUCUGUCUGUUGGCAAGUGCUCGCUGUCUCGAACUGAAGUAGACACAGACGCUUUGCCGAUUUCAGAUAUCUUUGUCGAUUUUCCCUGUCGCGGUGGAGACGGGAAGACUCCGCUGCGUGGUCCAGCUCGUGUGGGAAGGGUCUCGGAGUUUGAGCAGUGGGUGUCGUAGACUUUUGAAACUACAUCUGCCAGACACGUUUGCCUUCCACAAAGACAAACGCACAGCUGACUGGACUCUAUCUCAGAUGCUGGUGGGUGCGGAUCCCUAUGUACACCGUAAGAUCUAGAGUUUUGACGCGAGAGGUGCACACUUUCGUGUUUUCGCGGCCACGCGUGUGUGGGAAACUGGCUGAGGCGGGGGAGCAGGUGGAAAACGGCUACUGGCAACAGGAGUUGUUUGGUUCACCUGGGAUCCAGGUCUGACUUCCCGUUACGGAUUGGUGGUAUGGAGACGGGUUUGCCGCUUUGCCGCGAUGCCCAUUGACGGCAGAGAAAGGGCGGACUAGAGAGAGUGCGCAGUCUAGCUCCGCUAGGCGUGUGAGUGGGCCGGUGUUGUUUCAAGAGGGAAGCACUCAGCAAUCGGUAGAGUGCGAAAACGACGGGUCAACCAUUUUGUGAAAGUGGCUUCAAGCGGGUGCUCUGCACUCGUGCACAAAAUCGAGUCACGCUUGCCGAUCUGGAGAAACGCGGCGUGGAGAUCGGAGAGUGGUAGUCGUUUCGGUGUCGAGAAGACACGGGUUAACUGGGUAAAUCCUUUUCUGAAGCACCCGAAAACGACGUCUCCGUUCACGGACGCCUGCGGCCAUGGAGAGACCAGCCGCUGAGCAAGUCAAAGUUUGGAACGAAGGGCUCUUUCCUCCGAAGAGCAGCCAACUGUAGACAUUGGCUUGGGACUGCUCCGACUGCAGCGUUCAGUGGCUUACGUACACUUUGGUAGCGAGGACAUUUCUGAGAGAUUCUCGGCGAAGCUGUGUACCACACGAAGUCCUGUUGCAAGUAACCAGAGUGCAUGCGUCCGCGAGCUUUUUUACCGGAGCUCCUUUUCGACUUGACAGCUCCAAAUGCCAGUGUUGUGACUCGCUUCCCUCUCCCCUGGUCGCACCACGCAAACGAAGAAGGUUGAGAAAAUGCUUCCCACACGAAACUGAGACGCACGUGCAGCACCGGUUCGUUGACAAGUCAGCCCUGAGCCUACAAGGCUGCUGACGGGAAUCUCGCCGCACACAAGGAUGUGCUGCCACGGAACGCGGUGUCGACCACCACAGUUUACAGCUUACCAGCGAACGAGCUCGCUAGACAACACUCCAGUUGCUGGAAACUGCACAGUCACUAGAAGAAAAAGAAGCCAACGGACCCACGAGCAGGCGGCAGUACAGAAAAGACUGAGGCGCGUCUGUCUGCGAACUUCAGUCAGA